AUGGCGGCGAGCAGAGGUAGCGUCGAUUGGUCGCAAUUAGUGAAGCCGAUAAUAUCAUUUUGGCCGGUUUCUGAUGCAUCUUUCAACAAACAAGAUCUACCGGAACUUGUUAAAGCUAUUCUUAAAUGCAAAGAGGAUAUUGGACAGCAUGAGGAUCAGUAUGAAGCAUUCUACAGCGCCUUCUGCAUCCUGGCUGCUGACUACCUUGCCACACAUGCCCAAUAUUUGUCCGUGGGAGGUGUGGUGCACAGCGUCAGCGCAUGCAAGGUGUUGCUGCAGCACCUCGUGAGCCGAGUGGGCUCUCCCCCACUGACUGUUACCAUCCCUGCUGCUAUCAGCCACAAUCAUUCCCACUCGCACAUAUCAACCCAUUCUGUUGCACCCACAACUGCAUCAUCUGGGAAACAUGUUCAAGGCUCUUCAGCCCCAGUAAUUUCUACUAGCGUUCUAUCCCCAUCCUCCAUCAAUAUCCUAUCAAGUGUGACUCCUGUUGUAGCUCCUGUAGCUGAUGCUGACCAAAGUGACUCGGACAGUCACAGUGACAAUGUUCCCCAAAUCAUUGGUAGCAUUGCAGUCACAACCCCUGCAGCUACUUCAGGGUCUGGUGUUGCUCCCAUCACCAUCAGCACCACAAGCAGUAGUUCUGGUGCUGUCAACAUUGUUACUCCUGUCAACAAGGAUGACCGGGAGAAGGUGGUCUCGAUCACGGACAAGCAGUUGGUGCUGGCUAUGAAGGCUCUGUGUCGUGGCAGUGGCUGCCUCAGCCGUGCAGAUCAGUCCUCGCUUAUAUCUGUGAUACGCUCAGCUAAGCUGCCGCCGUGCGUACGCACUCACUCUCACGACAAGGACGCAUCGUGUGGUGCAGGCAGUGGCAGUGCUGGCAGCAGCAGCGGUGGCAUCAAGGAUGGUCGCCGCAACCGCAAUGACCCAAGUGCUGCUGUUCUUGAACAGCUCAUCUUGCCCCUGCAUGACUUUGGAAGUGACGCGGCAGGAAAGACGAGGCCUGGAGGAGGUCUCUCAACUGACAAGGAUGGUGCUGGUCGUCUUUCAGACGUUGCGCAUUUGUUUGCAAGUCGCUGUGAGGCAGCACUGCAGAGCAUUGGUGGCGGUGCUACGCUGCUUGACGUGUGCCUCAAGAUGUCCAGCAUCAGCAAAUACAACACCAAGUACAAGGAACUGUUGGAGGGCAAAGGCUUCUCCUUCCCUUCUAAUCAACAUGAAGUGCUUGCAUUCAAACCUGGUUUGGCACAGGUAGUGUCGGAGCUGAGCAUCGUGUCACGCAUACUGCAGCUGCCAGUACUAGAACCUUUGACAGCUGAGCGCCUGCAGAAGCUUGCCUCUAUCAGCAUGGCAGCUCUGCUCGCAGCUCUCCACGUCGCGGUCGCGUCUGCUGUCACCGCCGUCACCUCAGCGCCUGCCACCACUGCAUCAGCGACUUCCAGCAAGACUCCACCCGCGAGCGCACGUGACGAUGAGCUUGAUUCGCUGUCCACGAGCGUGACGGAGAAAGCUUUGCUCAUCUACUCGGUGGUGCUGCGCGCUGUGAAGACCUCCACCAGGGCUGGUGGACAUCACCACCAAAACCUGCAACUCAUGGGCGGUUGGCUGCUGUCGUCUGGACUACACCAGCUUAUGGUGAUCGUCUCUGCCGUCUCGCCUGCUCCUGCAGCUGCUGCUGCUGCUGCAGGCGGUAGUGGUCCUUCACCAGCCACCUUCACUGACAAGAAUACCAAAGAAGACAAGGGCAAAAGUCCAACAAAGAAAGAUGUUGUUUCCAGAAUUAACCUAAAUAAAGUUCAGCAGGGCGUCAGUUCGGUGGUGGUUGCCCUCGCGCAGCUGUGCUGUGAACUUCUUUCUCUGCUGCUGGAGGACGUGGCCGUCGAGGGCUGGAAUGCUAACAAACCCACUCCCACGCCUGCCAAGAUGAGCGUCCUGGAGACAUUCUCUGCCACCAACCGCAUCGCUAGGAUCUUCAACGCCGUGCCUCUCAACCAGCUGCUCUUCUACCUCGCCACUGUGUCGUACAGGAAGGCUUGUAGCUUGCGGCGCAGCCAGCGCAGCAUGCACGAGGGUGACACGUACAGUCUCACCGACAGCACCAUCUACUACGAAGACGACUUCUCUGAGGGCAGUCUUGGAGAAGAAGACGACGAUUCGGUGAUCAUCGGGUCAUGGUUCGAGGAGCCGUGCACGCCAGGGGCAGAGGAGGGGGGCCAGCGAGGAGGCAGCGGCGGCCCACGACGCGGUUCUGUGGGAGGACGACCUCGUCCAGCCUGGGGCGUGAGCGCCUCCACACAUGGUGGUGGUUCCAGUCAACCGCAGUCGAUAUCAGAGAGCGAGAGCUGCUCGUCCGGUGGCGGCGCCCCCCUGAACAGCAGAAGUUCCCGCGUCCUCGACGCCUCAGGACCUCCUGUCAUCCCUGACAAGUCCGAGCCCCAUGGGUUCCUGAACCUAGCAACGCUCAUUUUCGGUCUGAUGAACCGGCACCUGGUGGAGUGUGACUGCGCGUAUGUCCAGCAGUAUGUGCGCACAGGCCUCGCCGACACGCACAUGAUUGUGCUUGCUGCCAUCAUCAAAGACUUAGACCGCGACACUGCCAAAACUGACGCAGAGCUUGGCAGCAGUGGAGGAGCAGUAGUGCAGAAGCUGUAUGAGCAAUUCUCGCAGUCACUCUAUCGCUUCACUCAUAACCUCAUCGCCUCGGGGGCGCUCAGUGAUGCUCUGCAGGCCACGCUGUUGCAUCAACUUGGGGUCUCCCCCUGGAUCUCUGACGGUGACUGGCCGCUCUUGCUGCUGCCCAGGACGCUCACAGUCCUCGCUCAGGUUUUGCUGCUACGCCAACGUCGUGACAAAGACGACCUGAAGUGCGACUGUGACACGGCCUGCGUCGUCAUCUGGCAGCGCGUCGUCGCUACGCUCGUCAAGGCCGUCACCUGCCCCGCCCCUCAUCCAGACCAUGAAGUCGAUGACCUAAACGUAGAGCACGCACAGCUCCUGCUCUUCCUGUUCCACGCACUCCAGUUGAUGCAGAAGAAAGCUGUGUUACUGAGCGUGGCCAGCGCUCUCAUCACAGUCGCCCCUGUCGUCAAGACGCCCAUGAGGGACUCCCAGCUACUUCAUUUAUCCAGGCUACUCCUCAUCUUUGAGUACCUCAUGAAGAAUUUGUAUGAGGCACCUCAGACGCUUAUCGAACAGGUCCAAUGGAACCUCUUCAGUCCAAUAUCUCGCGAUGUAGUGAGAGUGGACAACAGUGGAGCUUCUUCAAACAACUUGAAUUGUGGUCCCAGUACGGCUGGCGACAGCGCUGGCAAUGCCAAGAUGUACCACGUGUGGCGUGACAUUGAAGAUAAUUACCAGAAGCAUCACCAGGCCGACGAGACCGGCCCAUCCUGCGCCCCUACCUUGAAGCCCAAGUUCUACACUCUCACUCCUGUUGACACCAAUUCUCAGGACACUCCCAAGCUGGACGGACUUGCAUGCAGUUUCAUUUUGGCUACACCGGACACCCUGAAGUACACCACUUUGUACGAAACCCUUGUUGGCCUGCUGGGUGUGAGUUGCCAAGUGGACCCAAGCUUCCGUGCGUCUUCAUCUCACUCGAGCGAUAUAACGCGCUCGGCAUCUUCAGACGUCAUCAAGCAGUGUGCCGCAAGUGACGCCACCACCACCCCCGCCACUGCCAGGCCGGGCACUGAAGUCCUGCGGUCCGUUUCGACUGAUUGCGCCGCGGCUUCUGCACGUGUUCAGUCUAAUGACAACAAUCUAAGUUACCUCGGACACUGUGCUGUCCAGUAUACGUUCUCCUUCGUGUACCGCAUACUGUUGACACUGCCACCCUCGGUUGCUGCACUAGAGGCUCUUGCGAGUCCCGACACUAAGCUCGAGGGACCUUGGCUCCUGCAUGCUCUUAUUUGGGGGCCUAGGGCUUCUCAUAAAGUUUUCAAUGGCUGGAUCAAGGAUGGUCUUGUACGUCAGAGUUUGACAACCCAGAAGGCAGACGCUCUGCUUAAGUCUGUGACGAAUGUCACUUCGUCGCUGCAGCAUGACUUGCGCGUCGCAGGCCUCGUCAUCUCUUCUCUAGUAGCUAAGAUCCACUCGAAAACUGCAGCAUCUGGCACCGCUACGUCCAUUAUGAAUGUAGCAAGCUUCGCCGAUUUGCUGUUGGUUGACGCGGUGCUUGCGAGACUGCAGGUCACGCUGGAUGAUGGAUGGCAGCGAGGUGACCUGGACCUACGAGGUGCCGGGGACACUCAUGAUUUAUGCCAGACGCUGAAAAUCACGGCAGAUCAAUUACCCGUCACGUCGCUCCUGUCACUGAUCAUGCUACUGACGGAGUCAGCACGGCACGGUGUUGUGCACAGCAUGAGCUCCUCUCCUGCUACGACGAGCAGCGGCAGCAGCAGCACUUCCAAGUCAGCGGCUGCUGAAGAAACUGCGGCAUCUGAUGCCGGUCCAUUAAUAGAAGCUCUGAGUCGCGUUCUCGCCGUAUCUGGAGACCAGGCAGGCUUUGUACAGCCAUGUCUCUCAAAGGACUGUCGUAACCCUCUGUUGAACGCGGCUCUGCAACGCUGGACCUCCAAUACCCUCGACACAUUCCCUCAGCCUCAAGCUUGGAAGAGCAGCCAGUGCGGGGGCGACGUGUUGCCUGGCGAGAGCUUUGUGUCGGGCGUGGUGCUCGGCCACGUGUCUUGUCUCUCCGACGCCCCCAACUUCACGGUCGCCAGCUCCCCCCUGAAGCAUGUCCUGCGCACCCUCAUUACCUUCACUACUGACCUCGCCGGCUGGUACACCGAGAGUGAAAAACCGCACGCUCAGCUGGUCCAAACGCUGGUAUCGAUCGCCGCCGACGCCACCUGCGACGGCCUGUCCACCACGCUGGGCUCGGCCCUUGAACGGCUCCUGCCAUCGCCACCAACCGCAGCUACUGGCGUUACAAUGGGCGGUGGUAGCGGCAACGAGAGCGUUGGUAGCGCUAGCAGUAGCAGCAGCAGUAGCAGUUCUGACAGCACUGCGGCGGGCACUGGUGACAGCAGUAGCAGUAGUGGCAGUAACACUCAGGCCACGGUAGCUCAUCACCUCUACGGCAGGCAGCUCGUGCACGUGCAGGCUCUGCUCAAGAUAGCUGCCAACUACCACGGUGUGGUGAGCGAUCGAGUACUGUCCGGCAUUGGGGACUUCCUGUGUCAGCUGCUGGAGGACCCUGCCGGCCGACAAUCUCUUCGGUCUCAUUUCCAGACGUCACCUCACUUCUGCUCUGUGCUGCUCUCACCCGUCCCUCCUAAAUUAACUGCCAUCAAGUCGAGCUCGUCAUCCAAACUUGCCAAACGCUCCGUGUCGGACAAGGAAGAGGAUCCCUCAUCAGAGGCUUUGACGUCUGCUGAGACUGAGAGUGAACGAAAUAUCUUACCCGAGCCCAUCCUCCUCUUCCUGAUCGUGCUGUUCCAGCAGGCAGAGAAACAGCCUAAGGACAGUGACCUAUCUGGCAUUUGUAACCACAUUUGGUCUUGGGUCGAUACUGGUGCUCUACAACGCUGGCUCAUUUCUGCCAACAAAGCUCACUACUCGGUGAGUUCUAGAUCCACUGAAACUCCUGGCAGCACGAAAAUAGUUGAAGUUACUCCACAGCUUCCCCCACCUUCCCGUUUGCCAGGCUUCAUCAGAAAACGCAAGGAUCGGAAAUUCCUUGCCAAGACCAUCUUGUUUGAGAGCCCCUUCCUUGAUCCGGAUCUGGUGCCACUUAACUUCCUCAGUUCAGCGGCCACUUCAGCAACCAAAGGCAAAAUGAACGAAGCCAUGGUCCUGGACGAUGAUGACGGUGACACUGGCGACGAUGAAGAUGACGAGACGACCAAGCGUAGAGGCGUGCCCGCGUCGGACUUGGUGACGCAAGAGAUGAGGCUGCGUCACUGCUGGUCGCUGGUGCAGGCCAUGGCCAAGUAUGCCUGCGCUCAGGACACUCAGCUCGCCAAGAGCCAUUGUACCUCGCUGCUUCGGGCCCUUGAAACGGUGGGCAACAGCAUCACUGACGAAGCCAUAGUCACCGGCGACCCCGAAGAGAGCUGUCGCUUCCUCAAGCCCAUCUCCACCCUCGUGCCUAUCAUGAGAUCCUUGGCUGGGGGGGCGGCGCCUCAGGGUCACGUCAUAUUACUGCGCACCGCCAUACAGUGGCUACAAAUAUACAAAUACGUUGUCUUCCCUGGCGCUACGAUGAAUGUGCACAGCCCUGGCGACGCUGGCACGUCCUCUGAUGACAGGAACCUCAGCCCCGCGGUUGUCGAACGCCUCAAGAACCAAAUUCUGGUGCCAGCGCACUUACUCUUCUCGUACUUGAGCGACGUGCUCGUGGCUCUUAAAAUAUCCGGAGAACAGACCAAGACCUGUGCUAUUGAAGGGGAGCCCAGCGGUGACAUUCAGUCAGUGACAGAUGCAGCUGACAGCGACCUUCUCGACGAUCGCAACCACGAUGACGGCCUGGACGAUGAAGAAGUUCUCGAAGAUUCCGAGGACGAGAGCGUGUGCAACAAACUGUGCACUUACACUCUCACGCAAAAAGAGUUCGUAAGCCAACACUGGUACCACUGCCAUACUUGCCAAAUGGAGGACGGCGUGGGCGUGUGUUCCGUGUGUGCCAAAGUUUGCCAUAAAGGUCAUGACGUCACUUACGCCAAGUAUGGCUCGUUCUUCUGUGACUGCGGCGCCAAAGAGGAUGGAUCAUGUCAGGCUCUGGUGAAAAGGACACCAAGCUACAGCAACAGAGGUGACGCAACUGAGUCCGCAGGUGCCGUCUUCAGUGUGGGUGCCCUUGCUUCUGCCUCAGGCUUGAGGAAGAAACGCGCCUUGUCUCCUUCGCUGUCGUACACUGACAGCGUACGGGAACAAACUAACAAGCGUCGUCAGGUUCUGGCGCGGCAGAUCGAGGGCGUAUGGAGUAGCCUGUGCAGCAGCAACACCCACCUAAGCGUGUGUCUCUACUUUCUUCACAAUCUUUUGCCGCGUCUGGAGGACGAGGCUCAUGCCAGGGCUGCUUUGAACUCCCUCAACGCUAACAGGAAGGCUCUGCACACGCUUCACUCUGCACCCAAGAAUGUACAGAUGGGUGACCACCUGAUGUUCUCUCCGCUGGGAGCCCAGGAGAACGCGUUCGAGAACGUGCGCCUUAACUACUCUGGGGACCAGGGCCAAACUAUCCGUCAGCUGGUGGCCACCCACGCCAUCCGACGGGUGGCUAUGUCCAUCAUGACGUCCCCUACGAGCCGCCGCCAGCACUUGGCGGUCACUCACGAGAAGGGCAAGAUUGUCCUGCUUCAGCUGUCGUCCAUCUUGCGACAGAAGGAGUUGGGUUUGCCGUCCAGUAACUUUGGGGCCAGCAAGCGCAAGCUGACCAUUUCUCGACUGACGAGUCUGCCACUGCCAUUCUUGGUGCUGAGUCUCUCUGCCAACCCCUGCAAUGACGAUUACUUGGCCGUCUGCGGACUCAAGGACUGCCACGUUCUUGUUUUCUCAUCUACGUGCAGCGUUAUGGAGCAUCUCGUGCUCCACCUCCAGCUUGAGUCAAGCGGCUAUAUCAUCAAGGUUGUAUGGCUGCCAGGUGAGCAGACACAACUUGCUGUCGUCACUGCCGACUUCGUCAAGAUAUACGACCUGAGUGUGGACGCGCUAUCGCCGCAGUACUACCUUUUGCUUCCGUCGGGCAAAAUCAGAGAUGCUUGUUUUGCUUCUCUUCCGGAUGGCUCUGUGCACAUGCUGCUGAUGACGUCUUCAGGCUACAUCUACACACAGGAGCUCAAUGAGGACAGUUCCGCAAAGCACGGCUCGUUCUACGUCACCAACGUUCUCGCUGUCGACCAAGCAGCUGCCGAGCUCAAGGAUGUCUCGGGUGUGGUCGGUGGUGGUGGUGUAUCCAUUCACUACUCACAAGGUCUGCAACUGCUCUGCUUCAGCUACUCCCACGGACGUUCUUUCAUGGCGCCUCUUACGCAACUUGGAGAGAAUGCUAAGCUUGACAAGCUUUUCCCCAUCAACGUCAAGCCAAGUGGCAGCAACGCCAGCCUUUCGAGCAAUGGCGCCAGCAGCAGUAGUAGCCUUGGAUCCUCCGGUGGCAGUAGCUCGAGUGCAGGUUCUAGCAGCAAGAUGUCACCUCUAUGUCAGUGGUCAGAAGUGCUAGGCCAUCCAGGUCUAUUCACGUGCUUCAUGAUCCAAGGCAAUGUACCUGUACUAAUCUAUGUGAAGCCAGAGAGCAUAAUGGUGCAGGAGAUAAAAAUCCCCUCAUCAAAGAACAAGGUUUGCGACAUAGUUGCACUUCGUCACGCAGCAGGCAAUGAGUCCCGGACCACUCUGCUGUUACUCAGCGAGGACGGUUCGCUGAGAGUCUUCUCUGCUUUCUCGGAUUCAGCAGAUUUUUGGACGAGUUCUAAUGAAUCACGCCUCGCUCUGCCUGGAGAUAACUCGGCUCCAAGGACAUCCCGCAAAAAGAAAAACGUCAAGCAUGGCGCCUCGUCAUCUGGAUCCGUAGCGUUCCCAGUUGACUUCUUUGAACACUGUAACCCAAUCUCUGACGUCGAUUUUGGUGGCAAUGACCUCUUGCAAGUGUACAACGUACAGCAGCUGAAGAAUAGGCUAAACAGCCAGUCCACCUAUGUGGCCUGCAGCAAACCUGGCGGCUUCCAACUUGAAGUGACCAACAAAGAUGCAAAUGUGGUGAUGUGCGGCGCGCGUGUGGCAGUUGGAAGCCUCCACCCCCUCAAAAAUCCUACUUUCGUCAAGGUCUUUGGGCGCACAAUUCCCGUGAACACUUCGCGCAAUCGGUGGUACGACAUACCAUUUACACGAGAGGAGUCUCUGAAAUCUGACAAAAAACUCGUGUUGACAUUCGGACCUUCAACUGACCCCUCUCAGGUGACCAUCAUAGAUGCCGUUAAAAUAUACGGGGAAACAAAAGAAGAAUUUGGCUGGCCUGACGACGAGGAGUACGCAACUGCGAGCGUUGGUGGUAACGCCACCAGCACGUCUGCACCCACGACGGCUACCAAUUCUCACGCGAACGCGUCACGGAGUAUUGGUGAUGAUACCGACAUGACGACAGCCAAAGCGUCCAGCAAUGACAGUGUAUUGGAGUCACUGUUCUGCUCUGCCCUCGAUGCCUUGGACGGCUGUUUCUCUACUAUGCAAAACGUCAACAGCAGCGCUCGCAAGCAAGCACUUGAGAUCGUGACUCGUAUGAUAAACCUUCAGCUCUCACCGCGUUUACAGUCUUGCACGCGCUCCCUGCUUUCCUCUCUUCACGAGUCUCGGCAGACGUACCACCAACAGCUGGACGGAGCACAACUUUCUGGAGUUAUUGAAACUCUUAAUUCUCUCAUCGCUACUGGUCAAAAAGACCCUUCUCUUAUGGAGUGCCGAGCUUUCCAUAAUAUAAUCGUCUUGGCCCGAGAAGUUGCUGUUUCAAGGCCUCACAACCUCGUCAAAUUCACGCAGAAAGCUCGAGAUCUGAACACGACGCUGGUCGAGUCUAGUGUCCGAGUUACUGUGGAUGCUCCAGAAGACUCGGUGGCUGACAAGACUUUAGAGAACGACUCUGAAGAGGCUUUGUCCGAGGAGCCGAAAGCCUUUGUCUCUGACCAAAGUGAGGUUAACGUGCCGUCAGGUGCUCCGCAAGAGGAAGCUGCAGAUGACCACUUCUUAUCUCUCCUCAUGGAAGCCUUCUGGCUGUUGCUCAAAGCGCGUCCGCUCAACCCACUUCUGAGCCCUGUGUACCAGCCUGGCCUCACUCACGUGGAAGCGACCGUCCAGGCGAUGCUGGAGAUCUUGCACGGAUAUUCUUUGUGCAGCCCGUCGUCUGUACCGCUCGUGAUGCGCCUCUACUGCUCCCUGCUGCUCUCACCUCACCACCAGGUUUCGUUCAGCGCCAAGACGGCGUUAGUGCGACUGUUGCGACCUCGCACCAAGAAGCACAAGCGCGUCUUCCUGCCUAGCCCGCCUCGCUGCUCUACUCCUGGUGAAGGUAAAAGCAGUGGGCUGGCUGUUGCUGGGCCAUCAGGCGCCUCAGCUGCAGCAGGGGAGGGCAGCAGUCAUCGGUCGGCCGGCGGUCACCGCGCCGCUGGUAACAACGAAGCCAGCGACCUCGUGGGCGCCCUGGCCGAAGUGGCUAGAGCCAGUGGCGAGCUUUUGGGGGCUGCUGCGCCGGGUUCUGGCGCCGAUCUGUUGGCAGGCAUGAUGGAGCUGGGCGGAGGUGGUGGCGAGGAUGACGACGACGCCAUGAUGGAGCUCGCCAUCGCCCUCUCCCUGCAUGACGAGGCGUCUGCUGGUGGCCAGCAGCUCGCCGGCAUGGAGCGUCUGCAGCACCUGCGCGGCCACGUGCUGCAGAGUCUCCUCGCUUCAGGUGCUCUGCAGGCUCCUCCUAGCCUCCAAAAUCAAGCUCUUAACCAGAAUGACGAUGGCGAUGAUGAAGACGCUGAGGAUGAUGGUGAGAACGAUCAUGAUGACGAUGAUGAGCACGAAGUGGAUGAGGACGAUGAUGAUGAUGAUGACGAUGACGACGAUGAUGAUGAUGACGAUGACGACGAUGAUGAUGAUGAUGAUGUAGAUCACAUGGACGUCAUCCACGUGAUUGGAGGGAGCAACUUGACGCAGGACUUGGAUGAUGUUGCCAACGAUUUGGAUAACGCCGCGGGCAACGCUGCCGGAGACUUGGUCAAUGUGGGUGGGGAGAUCGUCAACGUGGCGGGGGGUCUGGACGUGGGGGAGGACAACCAGGGGGGGCAGUUCUCUGACACCACGGCGUCUGCCAACGCCAGCGAUGAUGAGGACGGUGAAGUGUCCAACGCUGCGACUGAUGGUGGCAGCAACCUUAUGAGGACGUCUCCAGCUGAUCAAGGAUGCAGCGGUGGCAGUGAGAGUGGGUGUUCAGUGGUGGAGAGCUUGCUGGGUGAGCAGAGUAGCAUGGCUACGGUGGGCAGCGCUGGAGCGAUGAGCGCCACCAGCACGGCGUACGACGCUACCACGCACGACCAAAUCCCUGCUCCUGACGACGCACACAACGCUGAUGGCAACGCACCUAAUCCGGAAGGAAGUGGUAGCAGUAACCCAUCAAGCAGCGGCAGCACCAACAAUGUCAGCGUUCACAGCCUGCGUCUCGCUCUUCUGGACGCUCUCACUACGCGACUACAGCGCCUGCAGCAGCUGGGAGGCAUUGCUGCCAUUCCAACACUUCAGGUAAUCCUCAUGCUGUCAACUGAUUUGGACCCGCGCAACAGUCGAGACCGCGUUACUCUAGAUGCGCUUCUCAACGCUCUGGUUGCUUCCCUCGACCUUAACUCAGCAGGCCGCUCGACCGACGAGCCGUCGGCAUCGAGCAGCGUCGCCGCAACUGGCGCUGUUUCUUCCUCUGCUGGCGACAGCGGAGGCGAGAGUGAUGCCAUCACCAACACUGACCACGAACAACCUCCAUGUCACGAGCGCACUCCUGCCAGGGAAGUUCAGCUGCUCAUCAUGCGACUUCUGAGUGUGCUGAUGUCGCGUAGCAAGACUGCUGCUAGUACAACCAGCGUAACCCGCGGUGGAGUCACUGCACCUUCUGCUGGAGCGUCUCUCAUGCUGCCCCAGGUCACCGCCAAUUGCUUGGUCCGUGCUGGGGCUGUGACUCACUGCCUCUCGCUCUUGCAACAAAUGCUUCCUUACUGGAGGUCUGAGUCACAAGACACAAACACGACUCUUCUGGGCAGUGUACUACUGAAACCUCGUCCAAUGCACCCGUUGCCUGAUAUGAGCCCAUUUUUCUUACGUCCUCUAAAAGAUUCUGAGAAUGACGUCUUUGCGUCCUUCCCUCAACUUCUGACAGAACUUGUCCUGCGUUUGCCGUAUCAAGUGCACAAGGUGUGCGACCGUGGCAGCGGCUGUGGUGUAUUGAGCGUUAGUUCUUGGUCACACUAUCUUUGCGAGUACACGCUCUUACAACAGCCUGCAAUUGUUAAAAGACAAGUGAGAAAACUACUGUUGGCUCUCACUGGCCACAAAGACAAAUACCGAACGAUUCGAGAUCUGCAUGCCCUCGACCAUCGUAUCAAAGAAGUCAAGUUGCUGUGUGCUAAGGGCGGGUUCAGCUUCAGCAGCAACGGAUCGCAAUCUCCAGUGUCUCUGCCAUAUGAUUCACUCAUACAACUUAUCGAACAUCUCAAAGCUUGCGUAGAUAUUGCUCAAGUACGUACCCACAACUGGCAAAAAUACUGCCUUAAAGAAGAAACUGUUCUCAGUUUCCUCAUCGAGGCUUCAUGCCAACUGGAUGAAGGCGUUGCUCCCACAAUCUUGCAACUUCUGCAAGCUGCACUAUGCCCUGCUGCUACUGACAGCAGUGCUGCAGUCGUCACCGUUGGUCCACCCGUUGCAUCGGCAGCUCAAAAAGCACUCGCUGCAGACAGUAGCCUGAGCCGCGGGAGCAGUAGCAGCAAACGCGCAUCCAGUGAGGAUAGCGAAGCUGGUGCGGGAGGAAGCAGUGAGGCUAAUAAGAGUGAGCCCCAAGCCCACUGGCCUCAGCUUGUGGCACAAGUGCACAUGUAUCUUGACAGGUCUCGGCUCUCGCAGUUCAUCCACACUUUCCUUCUGGUGUCCAAUUCAACGAGUGUUCGUUGGCAAGCUCACUCUCUGGUGCUGUCUUUGUACCGCCACUCUGCACCUAAAGACCAAGAUGCACUGCUCAGCCUCAUGUGGUCCCUGUGGCCACGGCUGCCUGUCUACGGCAGGCUCGCUGCCCAGUUCGUUGAUUUGCUGGGAUAUUUCUCUUUGAACACGACUCACGAAGAAAAAAUUGUUGACUAUGCCAACAUGGCGGUUGAACUUCUGCGUACCCAGUCAAAACACCUAGCAAGUCACCCUAAUGCUUCUCUGUACAACUCCCUUGCGUCUCUUGUGCACUUUGAUGGGUACUACCUAGAGAGUGAACCUUGUCUUGUAUGCAACAAUCCUGAAGUUCCCUUCACUACUGCGAAACUUACCAGCAUCAAAGCAGAUAGCAAGUACACAACCACAACGCAACUUGUUAAGCUAGUGAACAACCAACUGAUUAGCCGCAUUACGCUGCGGAUCAACGAGCUCAAGAGGACUAAGAUGGUGAGGGUCCUUAACAUCUACUACAACAACAGGACCGUCCAGAACAUCGUCGAACUGAAGAACAAGCCCAACAUGUGGCACAAGGCCAAGCGUGUAACUUUAGCUUCUAACCAGACUGAAGUUAAAAUUGACUUCCCACUUCCUAUCGCCGCGUGCAAUCUCAUGCUUGAGUAUGCUGAUUUCUACGAGAACAUGCAAUCAAACACAGAGACUUUGCAGUGCCCUCGCUGUUCCGCGGGUGUGCCGGCUUCGCCUGGUGUGUGUAAUAACUGCGGUGAAAAUGUCUACCAGUGUCACAAAUGCCGAGCUAUCAACUAUGACGAGAAAGAUCCAUUCUUGUGCACGGCGUGUGGGUAUUGCAAGUACGCCAAAUUUGACUACACGCUGCAGUGCCGCAUGUGCUGUGCAGUUGACCCCAUUGACAACGAAGAGGACCGUAAGAAGAGCACCAUGUUCAUCAACCUGAUGCUGGACAAGGCAGAUUCUUCCUACAAACAACUGCAGGCUUACAAGCCAGCGCUGGAAGCCUUGCUAUUGAAGGCUGCUGAACAAGGUGGCGAGCGAGGUCUUGAUGAUGCACUCGCCGGCUCUAACACUGUGGCCGCUGCACCGCUCGUUGGCAACACCUACGUCAAUAAAACUAUUCAGCAGCUUGCUCAGAAAUAUUGUGGAGAAUGCAAGUCCGCUUUCGAUGCACUCAGCAAACUUAUCCAGCGCAUCCAAGCUUGUCGCCGUGAACUGGUGGCCUACGACCGCAGUCAGAAGGAAGGGAGUAAGCGCGCUGUCGCGUCCCUGUCGUCGGCUCAGAUUUCGCCUGACGGUGCCCCUUCUGCUGCGUUCGCUGCCGCUGCUUCCACUAUGAGCAUUUGUCGCUGUUAUGGGUGCGCCUCUGCUGCGAGUCAUCACUGCAUCACACUGCUGCGAGCUCUGGCUACCAAGAAGCCAUUACGAGCAGCCCUUUGUGGACACGGUCUCAUUCAAGACCUGCUGCAGCACAACCUCAGGCGUGGAAACGUUCAGGUGCGCAAAGAAGUGCGUGAGCUCCUCGUGCUGCUCACACAAGACGAUAUAAGGGCAACGACUGAGCUCAACGAUCUGAUAAGCGAGCGCAUCAUGAGUUCUGUGACGUCCUCGGCUCAUCUGUCGUCGCCAGAUCUCGCCGUCGCCGUGCGUCACGAAGUUGCGCUGCUUGCUGCCGCGGCCGCACACAAGGACUCGUGCUGGGAAACAAGGCUAAGAUGCGUGGCGAAGCUCUUCCUGAUGGCGGGUGGGAACAACAGCUCGCCUGAGGUGAUGGAGCAUAUCUCCCUGCCGUGCCUGCGCAUCUUGCAGCAAGCUAUGAUCACCACGCAAGCCAAACAUGCGCCCGAACAACUUCCUAAAGCUGCCGCUGGCAAAUCUACGGGAAGCUCAAAGUCGAGUGGUCUUCCCCCUCGCAAGCCUCGUGCCGAUCGCUCGGCUGCUGCUAAAGAAAGCGGGCCCAGCAAGAGUACAACUGCAGCCAAGACGCUCCCCUCCCCGGUCAUGACGGGUCAGUAUGAGAAAGGCUGCUGUGUCGCCGUCGACCUUCACAGUUGGCUGAUAGGAGACCCGGAACAUUCCUUCGAGGCGUGGAAAAAGCGAACUAGAGGCACCAAGUCCGAUAGAAAGCCUGUCAACUUCUCGAAAAUGACCAAGCCUCAAGUACGUCAAUAUUACCUGGCUGAGAAGUACGCGUGCCGGUGGGUAAGUCACUCGAUCAGACCCAAGUUCCAGUUGGCGCUGACAGGCGCUGAUGCCGCCCACAACAGCUGGCUGCGUCAGAUGCUCUUCAACCCCGCAUCUCGUCUGGCACGUAACGUGGUCUGGCAGGUCGUCUACGUCAUCGCUCGCACCAACCCUACCUGGAAUGCCAAGCUUCUUGAUUUGCUGACCGAGUACUUGCCUGAGAUCUGCGUGGCGGGUGAAAGUGGCCAAGAGUUCGUAGAUCUGUACAAGUGGUUAAUGAUGGGACCAGAAUGGAAGCAAUAUUUGGCCGUACGAGGUGUGCUCACAACCCUCGGCUCUCUCAUCACUCGCGAGAUCCAACAGCUCUCUGUGCUUGAAGAAACUUGUCUCAGCACAGAUCUCCUGCAGGGCUAUGCCCUGAAGACUGUGACGAAGCUGCUGCAGUUGUUCCUUGACGACGCGGGCAUCAAGAGUGUAUACAAGCGUCAGCUGCUGCCCACAGUUCUCAGCGGUUACCUGUCACUGCGUAAACUGGUCGUGCAGCGCACCAAGUAUGUCGACGACGCACAGGAGGAGCUUCUCGACAUGCUGGAGGACAUGACAUUAGGCACAGAAGAAGAAACUCGUCGUUUCAUGGCGGUGUGUAUCGAGACGGUGCAGCAAUAUCCCGCUGAUGAUCUGCGUACACCUGUCUUCCUGUUUGAGCGGCUCUGCUCCAUCAUCCAUCCUGAAGACAACGACGUUGGCGAGUUUUUCAUGCUUCUCGAAAAGGAUCCUCAGCAGGAAGAUUUCCUUCAGGGCCGUAUGAACAACAAUCCAUACAGCAGUGAGGAUCCUGCUAUGGGGCCCCGGAUGAGGGACGUUAAAAACAAAAUUUGCCAGGAUUGUGAGCUCGUCGCUCUCCUCGAAGACGACAAUGGCAUGGAACUGCUGGUUUCCAACAAGAUCAUCUCGUUAGACCUCGCCGUGCGCGACGUUUACAAGAUGUGGCUUGCAGAAAACCCCGAGAAUCACGAUAUGCGCAUUGUGUACCGCAUGCGUGGUCUCCUGGGUGACGCUACCGAGGAGUUUGUGGGGACGCUCGUUAAGAAGAAGGAGGAUGACAUCGACAAGGAGCAGGUGUACCGUAUGGCAUCUGUGAUGGCCGAGUGUGGCGGUCUCAAAGCCAUGCUCGACUGCCUGCAGCGUAUCACAGAUCUCUCCUACGCCCGACCUCUUGUCACUGUUCUCCUGAAACUCUUCCAGCUUUGCGUCAAACUUAGAGUCAACAGAACUGCGCUGAUGCAGCCGUCAUCGGGCGCUGUUGCUGUGCUGCUUCACACCCUGAAACAGUGUCUGGCUGCUGAGCCUGAGGUCGUCGCUGGGGCUCCCGGUCAACCCACCUUCACUGAGCAAUUGCUCAUGGUCCUCGAAGCCAUUCUAGAAGAAGCUUGCGUCAUGCCUGCUGGUGAAUAUGCUGAGCUGGUAGAGACCUGCGGCACUCUUGAAGACAUCCACCUGCUGCUUAACUACGUCGCCACUUCCUCCACCACUAACGCUCAGGAAAAGCAACGCCUGAUGCGCGUUCUGCCUUUCUUGGUAUUCUGCCACAAAGAGAAGAUGGAGCUGCUGGUCGGACACUUCCGUCCAAUUCUCGAUUUCGAUCGCUUCGACGUUGAGCACACGCCUGAAGACGCUGCUAAAAUGGAGUCUUUUUGUGUAUUCUGCAGCGGCAUCGAACGCAGUGAGAUCGGAUCUCAACUCAAAGACAUGAUUCUGCGCGCUAACAUAGUCAAGGAUGCAAUUUCGUACAUAGAACGACACAUCCCUAAAAACCAGAAGAUUGUAGUCGUUUGCAACAACGAAUGGAAGGACUUCCUCUCACGACCUUCACUCAAGUACAUCCUGCGCCUUCUCACUGGCAUGGCCUGUAAACACCCCGGCAGCCAACGCGCUGUGGCUGAGUCCUGUAUCCCCGCCAUUCACCGUCUUGAGCAAAUAUCAUCUGACGAACACGUCGGCUCCCUCGCUGAAAACCUGCUGGAGGCUCUAACGGAUGAUCCUGCCAUCGCCAAGCAGGUUGGCGAAGUUCGUCGCCAGACGCGGCAGGAGAAGAAGCGAUUGGCGAUGAAGACUCGUUCAAAGGAGCUCAACCGCCUCGGACUUUGCGCUAAUGAAAAAGAACAAAUCACUUCAAAGUCAUCCUUGUUGCAGCACAUGUCUGACAUCACUGACGAGCAAGGAUUGGUGUGCGCCAUAUGCCUGGAGGGGUACCGCAAUGCUCCUCAAAAAGUCCUCGCUAUCUACACCUACAGCAAACGUCGAGCCGUCGAAGACCGCGAGAACAAACCUCAUAAAACUUUCGGCUACAGCACCGUCUCGCAUUUCAAUGUCGUUCACGUCGACUGCCAUCUUGCUGCUGUCAAAGCUUCACGGGCAAGGGACGAGUGGGAGAGCGCUGCGCUGCACAACGCCAACACUCUGGCUAAUGGUCUCCUGCCGCUGUGGGGACCUCAGGUGCCGGAGAGCGCCUUCGUCAGUUGUCUCGCUCGCCACAACACGUACCUGCAAGAGUACACAAUGCACAGAGACAUCAAUUACACUUGGACGCUGCACGACCUGAAGCUGCUGCUGCUCAGGUUUGCUCGUGAGCGUUCGUUCAGCGAGGACUCGGGUGGAGGCGGCCCUCAGUCCAACAUGAAUUUGGCGCCUUACAUCUUGCACAUGGCGCUCUACGUCAUCAACACUACUCGGGCUAACAUUCGUGAAGAGCGCCGAGUGGAGAUUUUCAUCGAGUCUACCGCUAAAGACCCUGCGCGUUGGGUGGACGCAUCUUACGAAGUCGAAGGUCCUUACUUCUUUGUAACUUUGGCGUUAGCGGUCUGUUCUUCCGGUAAAUGGAACAGUGGGCUGCGCAAGGAAAUGCUGAAGCGACUGCUGGCCACUGCUCAUGUGAGGUCGGUCUCCGCCGUACCGCCAAUGGGUUCCAAAGUGGCCACCAAAGCUGCCAAAGACUGGACCGUCUACAAGAGUGCCGCCAUAUUCUGGACUCUCAUCGACAAGCUCCACUCAAUUAUGUUUACGAACGUAAGCGUUGAACGCAACAACGAGUGGUCCGUGGCGCUGGCUGCAUACAUUCGUCAUAACGACACGGCGAUACUGGACGCUGCUGGCCGCGUCCUCAACGUGUACCAGAACGAGCUGCUGCCUUGCUCAAGAAAUAUUUACAGGCCUACACAACCUUAG